AAAGAAGACAUUAUUCCAAGUUUUCUCUUACUUUCAAAGAUAAAAGAUGAAACCAGUAACUGUUGUAAUUCUUGCAGCAAUGUGCGUCAUUAUCUUCUGUUCGCUAGCAUCUAGUACCCCUGCCCUUGAAGAAGCAAGACAUCACCAUCAUCAUGAUCACCAUGAUCACCAUCACGACCAUCAUGACCACCAUCAUCAUGAUCACCACGAUCAUCACCACCAUGACCAUCACCAUCAUGAUCACCAUGACCAUGACCAUCACCAUCAUGAUCACCAUGACCAUCACCAUCAUGACCACCAUGACCAUCAUCAUCAUGGCCAUCAUCAUUGAUACACUGGCAUGUCUGCAUUGGAACUCCAAAGAAGAAGUAUUUAGCAGCUUCAGAAAAUUUAUUAAGUAUUAUUCAAAUAAAUUCUACGAUUAGUUUAAUUUUCAAUUCAAAAUAAAAUAAUUAAAUUU